AUGUCCGACACGGACUUCCUGCCCGCGUCGGCCUCGUCCUCCAAAUCGAGGAAACAAGCCCUCAAGGCCUCGUCCUCCUCCUCCUCCUCCGCCUCCAACAAACCAAACAAGAACGUCCCUACGUUCCUCCCCACCCAACCGAAUGCGUCCUCGGAUCUGAACGCCGUUCCUUCGGCGUCGGCGAUCGCUUCCGAUUCCAUCCUCGCCGAAUUCUCCGAGCGACUACCUCUAUACGACACCAAGGUCGCCCCCGUCAAAGUCAACAACGCUGGAUCGAAAAACACACGAGCGCAAGAAGCCGAUGCGGCCAUGGCCGUCGACUCCGAUCCCGAAGCGGAUCCGGAAGAAGACGAUUCCUCCGUACUGAUCGACCCUUCGUCCCUCUCCCUGCCUACCCCCGUCACUCGAACUCCCAUAUCCCAAAUCCCCGGAGCGGACGCCCUGUCCUUCCCUGCCGUUUCCCAUCAGACCAAAGCGGGUUUGACGCAGAGGAGGAAGAUCGGGAUCCCGCCGCAUCGCAUGACGCCCCUCAAAAGAGAUUGGAUCAAGAUUUAUACGCCUUUGGUCGAGGAGUGUGGGUUGCAGGUUAGGAUGAACGUUGGCAAGAAAUGCGUCGAGAUGAAGGUCAGUCCAAAGGCAACGGAGACUCCUCUCUGGUGGAGCCACGGCUGAUCAGCUUUCCACCCCCGUGCGCGCGCAGACCUCGAAACAUACCCCCUCCGCUUCUUCCCUCACCCGAGCCUCCGACUUCCUCUCCGCCUACGCCCUAGGUUUCGCAGUCGAAGAUGCGAUCGCUCUGCUCCGCCUCGAAGAGUUGUACGUCGAGUCAUUCGAGAUCAAGGACGUCAAGACCCUCCAUGGCGAUCAUCUGAGUCGUGCGAUCGGGCGUAUUGCUGGACACGAGGGCAAGACGAGGUUCGUGAUUGAGAAUGCGUCGAGGACCAGGGUCGUCUUGGCCGAUACGUAAGUUGGGCUUCUUCUACGCGGAGCAACGUACCAGAACGGUCCUCUGACCCCACUCCAUUCCUCACCGCGUGCGCUGUCCCAUAGUAAGAUUCACAUCCUCGGCACCUACUCCAACAUCAAGAUCGCGCGCGACGCCAUCUGCGCCUUGAUCCUCGGUUCGCCACCGGGCAAGAUCUAUGCCGGGUUGAGGAUCGUCGCCAGUCGAUCGAGGGAGAGGUUCUGA